GUCACUGAUUGUCGACGCCGUGUUUAUCCUAAUGUCCGCAUCUCGUGUGCGAAUCGGUAAUUUGAGCGCAUUUUAAGUUUCGCUGUGAAUAAAUAACGAGACUUAAGAAAUGGCAGAUGUUUUGGACAUUGACAAUGCAGAAGAAUUCGAGGUCGAUGACGAAGGAGAUCAGGGCAUCGCCCGUUUGAAGGAGAAAGCAAAGAAGAGGAAAGGUAGAGGACACGGUGCGGAACUUGUCUCCACCAGAGAUGACGUUGGUCAUUACGAGUCCAUGAACGUUGUCGAGGACGAGGACGAUCAGCCGGGACCGCAGAGAUCUGUUGAGGGAUGGAUACUCUUCAUAAACUCUGUUCACGAAGAAGCUCAAGAGGACGAUAUACAGGAUAAGUUCUCAGAGUUUGGUCAAAUAAAAAAUCUACAUUUGAAUUUGGAUCGGAGGACUGGAUUUCUCAAGGGAUACGCGUUGGUUGAGUACGAAACAUUUAAGGAGGCUCAAGCAGCAAAAGAUGCUCUGAACGGUGCCGAAAUUUUGGGUCAGCCAAUAACUGUCGAUUGGUGUUUCGUCAAAGGACCAAAAAAGAUUAAGAAGAGGAGUCACAGAAGGCGAUAAACCGAGGAAGAGUUAUUCUACUUUCGAUCAAUAAUAAAGCACGAUAAUUUUGUUUUUUUAUCGUGUAUCAAGUAAGGUGUAAAACACGCAACCGAAGCCUGAAUGAUUUUGUAUUUUAACUGAUAUUAUAAAAUAAAAAUAAAAAUUCCACAACCGUAAAUACGUAAAGAGUUUUAUUCAGCAAGUUUUAUACACGUUUUAUGUAUUGGAUGCGAAUUUAUUUGCGAGUUUUUACAAUCUAUUAGAAAUCGUGAUGAAAAAAAUUGUUAGGCUCACAAUUGGCUCAUAAGCCUAAU